CUGGAAAUAACCUGUCCAUUUUUUCGUGAUAAAUGGUUAUUUGUAUAUAUAAAUAGCAUGUUUAAUACAUCAUCAAAAUGUUUUGUACGACAAGCUCACGGUAUCUACAAAUCAUCUGAAACACCAGCUGGUCUACCAGAUUAUCGUGUUCGUCUUGAUCCAUAUGGAACUGAGGAGAUAAGUAUCAAAUUUAAUCCUACACCUGCUGUCGAACACGUCGUUCUAUGGUGUAAUAGCACACAAAAAGCUGUGUGUAGCUCUACAGAUUGUCAACGAGCUUAUCUUUCAGCAGGUUAUGGGAUGACAGUGUUUCGUAAUGUCAAGUCCUGUGAAUGGUACACUUUAAAGAUUUGUCCACAAGUAUCUCUUUCUAGCAGAAUUUUGUAUGUAGCUGAAGUUUUUAUCCCAGUGGAGAAUAUUAAUGAUGACUUGAUCAUAAAUCAACAACAAGGUGUUACCGCAUCAGCUGGAACAGGUAGUUCAAGCGAGACAAUGCUACCAUGGAUAGUUGUUGGAGGGGUAGUGGGAGUUGUUUUAUUGGGCCUUGUAUUUACUACAAUACUAGUGUUUAAAUACCGAGAAAGAUGUCAUUUUACAAGAGAGGAGAUUAAAUAUAGCAAACAGCAUAAAACAUCUACCAUUUCUAAUAUCUCUUCAGAUUGUCCCUCUGAAAUCCUUGCCUUAUUUGCCAACGAUGCCACACCAAUUCCUAUUUUCUACUACCCUGAUAAUAAGGAACACAUAGACACAGUUAACUGGUGGGCAAAGAGAAUACAAAAAAAUGCAGGUGGAGUCUUUAAUAUCCAGACCUACUCAGUAAUGGAUCCUAUUUUUAACCAGGUCAUGUCAAAUGUUUUUGACAAAUUUGGUUUAUUUAAUAUGAUAUUCAUAGUUUAUUCACCACAAGUAUUCAAAAUGACACCUCAGCGAAAAUUAUUCAAGAACACUUCUCCAAUAAACAGCUUACCUCGACGAAAAUUGCAGCUCAAUAUAUCACCCAUCAAACAGAUCAUUUUACAAAAAAUACAUCGAGGAAGAAACAAUGUGUGUAUUUUAGAUGUGUGUGAAGAAAAAAGUGAUGAUGAAGUCAUAGAAAUGAAUUGUUUGUUAGACUUUAAUAAAGUAAUUCAGUUGGAGGAAGGACAGGUGCAGGAUUCGGUUCAACGAGUCAUCCAAGAAUUAAAAAUUCACCAGAAUCAAACAUCUCCGAAUAAACUCACAAAAGACGAUAGUUCUGAAUUCCAUGAUGGCGGAUAUUAUUCUGGACCCAAGUGUUUCCAAUCCGACGAAACAAAUUUAAAUAGAUCUGUAAUGUCAUUUUUCCCGCCAUCAGAAAUUGACGACGCUCUCAGCGAAACGAGCAUAAUGGAACGUUUAGAAGAAAUAAAUGAAAGAAGUUGUGCUUAUGGUGAUCAUUGUCGCAUGGAUUCCAUACAAAUUAUUUCAAAUGGUAAAUCUAUGGAUACUUUAAGUAUCUAGUCAAAUCUCAAAACUAUAUGGCUAGUAAAAGAGUUUACUGUGGUGAUCAUAUAACAAACAAAAUAACCGUUAAACUAUUCUUAGCAAGAACUGGUCCAGUGACAUUAGUUUAUUUUUUAUAUAGAAUGACUGCCAUAAUUUUGUAGAAUCAAGUUUGCAUUCUGACGAUUGUACCUGAAGCAAUAAGUUUGACAAAAGAUAUACGUCCACAUUGACAUAAAAUAGCAGAUGAAUUGGAAUAGCGUUCCUUAGUAGUGCUGUAAUAAGAUUUGUAGAAAAACAUCUCUGCUGCACUAUAAAUCCAUGGUAAAUUUACCAAAAGUUACUGCGUCCAAUUAAAUUUGUCCAAUGUUAACUGAAAACACAGAUUUCAAGCGAUGAUUAAGAGAUUAAUUUAUGAGGUCAAUAACAAACGUGUAAAUACAGAAGUAUUAAUUUAAUAUGAAGAAAAGUUAUUUAUUUAUAUGUAAAGAGACAAUGUUAUUUUCCGUGUGGACCUCAGACAGGGAUAAUGUAGAACUGGAACUGGAAAUAAUAAUUUUAGCUGUACAGGUGGCAAAUAAAAUGUCAAAGCCAUUUGAUGGUAUACCAAACAUUUUGAACUUUGCGCUGGGAAUGCUUGGGCCAUACAAAACAUUAAUAUAUUUUUAUUUUUAUUUUGUCAAAAGUAUCAUGUGGCAUCACAUUUUAGGUUCUAUGUUUCUCUCAUGAUCUGUUUAUUCAAAUUCACUAAAAUAAUUACUAAUUUUUGUGUUAUAUAUAGCUAAGUUUUACUGUUACACUGUACACCAUAAGGUAAAUACAAGAUUAUUUACAAACAAUUGUCUCGAUCUAAGGAUUUUAACAUAGAUUACUUCUCCUUCAAACUCCCAUCAGCAAAAAGUGGACUAGAAGAUCUUUAAAAUUAAUUGUCAUUUCUUGAUAAUAAUGAGUCAAUAUCUGAGUAUCCUUUACGAUUGUAAAUAACAUUUAUCAGGGUUGUUGACUUGAUAGGUGAGUCUACCAACCACAUCCGAAUAA